AUGACCGAAAAUUCUAAUAAUGAUAUAGUUCCUCCUGUUGUUUCAUCUAAUACUUCUACAUCAAAAACAAGUUCUCCUGCUGCUCUCAAAGACCACUUAGGUAAUUUAUGUAAUAACGUGCCACUGGAUAUUCGUGACCUAUUUUUAAACUGGUUAGCAGCAAAGGCACUUGAUUUUAAUAUAUCAAAAUCAAAGAAACGAAAACUUGGAAAUCAGUCAAAUCAAGCACAACUUUCAGAUUUUAUCGAAACAUUGGUGAAAGCUUUUGUUGUUUGUGGAAUCCUAUUUCACAUUAUUCAGAACUCAUUUUUUAUCGAAUUAUUAAAAACAUUACAUCCGGCAUAUGAACCUCCGUCUAAAAAUAUCCUUUCUGAUCGUUACUUGGCACAAGAAACAGCGUUUGCUAAUCAGGCAGUUAUUAAGAAAUUAAAUAGUUCAAAAAAUCUAACUAUAGCGUGUGAUGGUUGGAGCAAUCCUUCUAGUGAUUCUAUUUGGAACUUUGUUGUAUAUACUCCGGAUCCUGCAUGCCAUAUAAUUGCAAAACAAUACCCGAACAUUUUGAAUCUUCGAUGUAUUUCGCAUGCUGUUAACCUUAUUUUAAAGGAUAUUUGUAAGACUCCAUUUGCAAAUCGCAUGCUUACACGCUGUAAUACCGUGGUUAGCUAUUUUAAAAGAAACCACCUUGCAGGAAACACACUUAAAAUUCUGGCUGAAGAAAAUUUGGUUGAAGGAGGAGGACUUAAGCGGUGGAUUCGUAAUAGUGAUAAUGUAAAUGUUUCAGUGCAAUCAAUACUACGCACAAGAGCAUUUUUUGAUGAUUUAAAUACAUUAGCAUUUGUACUUCGCCCUAUUAAGCUAGCUAUAUCAAUUUUUGAAUCACAAAAUUGUUCACUAGCCAACUGCUUCAUUGGUCUAGUUCAUUUGGGAGCAGCAAUUAGAAGACUUCUGGAGAAUGAUUAUCAUAGUUUUUGGCAACAAGCAAUUACAAUUUUUAAUAGAAGAUUUGCAGAGUUUGACGACGAUGCAUAUAUUUUAUGCUUUUUUUUACAUCCUGGAUAUACUGGAACGUUCCGGCGUAUUCUUUUGGCGGCAGAUAGUUUCUAUGAAAAAAUAGUUUGGUGGAUAUCAUUGGAGGAUUAUUUUUUAAAAGAUGAGGAUCAUAUUUGUCAAUUAGCUCAUAUGCUACUUUCUAUAACACCACAUGCGGCCAGAUACAAAAGAAUUUGGUUUACAUUAGGGUGGUAUUAUGGAAAAUGUUAUACAUGUCUUUCUUUAGACAAAAUUGAAAACAUGCAAAAGCUUUCUGCUUUUUAUCUUGCAAAUUUGAAGAAUGAGCUGCCAUAUUUUGCUUCUAAUAUUGAAAAUUUAUACGAAGCAUUACUAGCGAAUGAAGAAAGACCAUUGAAUGAAGAAAGACCAUCGAAUGAAGAAAUACCAUUGAAUAAAAAAAGACCAGCAAAUGAAGGAAAACCAGGGAAUAAAGAAAGACCAGCAAAUGAAGAACCUACUAAUGAAAAAACAGAGGAUACUUUCAUACCGCUAUAA